AUGCUUUCUGACGUUGGGAAGUAUGAUUCCAUUUUAAUAAUCAUACCAAAUGAUCGGUGGAUUGGCCAUUAUGGACAGACCUCGUAUGAUGACGUUAUGGACGCUUUUGCAAUCACCAGCACUUUUCCUAAUCCUUUUUGUAUCCCACCUUCCCUUCAACCACGACUUCCUGGGAUUCAGUCAGAGCCAAUUGGUAAAGCUAGGCUUGUUUUAAAGACAGGUAAACGUGAAACACAAAUUAGAAAUUUUAAUCAAGAUACAAAUGCUGCUGGAGUAUGGGAUCCUUUUCCUGACCCAUUUCAACCAAUGCGACCACCGCCUCCACCACAAACUGGUUCGAUAUUUUCACAACGUGUUAUGGAUGCAGUUUUGACAACAGUUAUGGGAUUAGGAGCUGUUGGAAUUGGAGGAGUAGUUUAUCAAGCAUUUUAUGAAUGGAAUGAAGUACAUAAAGUUCAAUUAGCAUUUACUAAACCUGCACCAUUAUUAAAAUCUAAAACAAAAGAUGGUUUUUUUGCUAGAGAAGAACAAAGAAAAAUAAAUCAUGCUAUUGCAGGUCAUGGUUUAGGAAAAUAUUAUUUGUUGGUGGGUGAGAGAGGAACCGGUAAAACUCAAUUGGUAUUAAAUGCUAUGGAUAGAAUAGGACAUUAUGGUGUUGUAUUUACUGAGGCACAUUCAGACAGUGAAGUAUUCAAAACAAGAUUAGGUAAAGCAUUACAUUAUACUUAUAGAGAAGACUAUGUUGGUCAAUUAUUUGCUAGGGAAGCACCUGAAAGAGGUUCUGCAUUAUUGGAUGUCGAAAAAGCAUUUAACAUGAUAGAACUUGUAGCUGUAAAAUAUUCAAGAAGGCGUGGCAGACCUUUAGUAUUAAUAAUUAAUAAUAUCCACGCAUUUAAAGAUGACGAAGAUGGCGAGGAUUUAUUGGAACUAUUGCAACAAAGAGCUGAAUCAUGGGCUGCUGCUAAACUUGUAACAAUAAUAUUUAACACCGAUGAUUAUACAGUUUAUGAGCGUAUGAAACGAGAUGCAUCACGUAUGGAAGUGAUUAGAGUCAAUAACUUAGGAAAUGAUGAAGCAAUAAAAUUGCUUAAACAAAAGCGUCGUGGUCGUGAAUCAGAUGAAGUGAUUGAAAGUAUUAUUAGUCGUAUUGGUGGUAGAUUGUUAUAUAUCAAUAGACUAGGAAGAGAAAAUAAUUUAGUUGAAACCGCUGACAAGUUGGAAGAAGAAGAAAGAACUUGGAUGACAAAUACAAUUGGCUUAAUACCAGAUUUUGAAGAGACAGCAUUCGAAGAACAGAAAUAUGCAUCUUGUGCAUGGAAAUUAAUUAGAGAAUUAAUUAAAUCACCAACAAAAUCCUUACCAGUAAACCAGUGUAGAAUCAUAACGGGUAAUCCAAAAUGGGUUAGAAUGUUAGAUCAUGACAAUCUCAUAAUGAUAGAUGAUCAACAAAAUGUUAGACCUGAUUCAAAGAUAUUAGAAAAAUGUUUUGAAGAAGUCGUUAACAGUGAAGGGUUUGAUGAAUUGUUGGAUAAUGUUUGUGAAAGAGUUGAAGAAGUUGAUAAGGAACAACGUACCAGAGAAUUGAUUUGGAGUAGGAAAAAUGAUCAAACUGUUAGAGUUGGUAAACCUACAAAGAAAGGUUGGUUAUGGUAG